GUACGCUAUUUACCCGUUGUUAUUAUUCCUCUGGAGGUUUAAAGCACUAUAAUUAGAGCUAUAAUAUUUCCAAUAUUGACAUUUUAUUUACAUACUUUAAACACGUUGUCAACGGGAAAAUAUGGAUUAUACCCAUUGAAAACAAUAACAGUAAGCAUGGACUGGAUGGACGUAGAGUUUACGACAGAUCUUGUCAACUCUGCCUAUCUCCAUUUAUGUUUCCUGGACAGGGUAGAUAACUUUGAGAAAGUCCUCAAAGGUAAAGCACUCCAGCACGCUUUAAAGCGCUAUGAGCAACUAUGGCUCCCUCUUGCGUACGAAAACCGGUCCGUGGAGAUGGUUGCGCCGGUAGAUGUACACUGGUUGUGGUAUAUACACAUGCUUCAGCCUCUGGCUUACAGACGAGACUGUCGUAAAAUGCUCAAAACUACACUAGACCACCGCUUUAUGGCAGAAUCAAGAAUCAUAACCGGUACGAAUAAUGCCAUUGAAGUUUGGUACGCUACCUACCCAAAAGAAGGAUAUAAUAUUAUUCGAAAUGAUGAGUAUGUGAGACCUCGUAGAAACAAAGGACAAAUCGAUCAAGACAAACCAUCAAAACUCUCAGCUGACUUGGUGUCUUUGGCCGAAACACACAUGCACUUCUGUUAUCAAGUGGCAUUACCUCAUUUCAGGGAUAAGAAAUAUUUAGAAAAUGCGGAGAAAAGAUAUAAGCAGUUCCUGUGCUUGAAGAGGUUAGAACCCGAGGAGUUUUUGACACCCUCCGUUGAUAUUUUGCUCAUGUGGUAUACACAUAUGUGUAAUCCGGUCGCUUAUGCCAAUGACUUGAUGCGCAUAUCCGGAAAGAUCUUUGACAAUAACGUGAAAGUCAAACCAGCGCUAAUCAAUGACAGAUUUAUCAUUGCGCGGGAAAAGACAAACGAAUUAUGGAAAAAGGUGUCUGCCGAAGAACUUGUACAGCCAGGAACCAAACUUCGGUCCAGUGAAAGUAGGAAGGAAAUCAUGCAGAUGACAGAAGAAGAUCUUACAGACUGCUGUGUAGUCGUGUACAGAAUAUACCUUGCUCAUGCAGAUCUACAAAAUGUCCCUCUCACACGAAAGAACCAGAGUCUCAAUCUGAAAAUUUAUCGUCUGCGCCGAGAUGGGAGUUUGUGGGAGGAAAUAUUGUUUCUCCAUGGUGACAAACAAAUGUGGACCUUCUCAACCUCAUUUAUUUUCAAUACGGUGGAGCACAAAGAACUCAAAGUACUCUUAUCUAGAACCGUUAAAAUGUGGUGUGUUCGUGAUGAGAAGGCGCUUGCUUAUGGUAAAAUCAAUGUCAGAAGUGAGGUUAACAAAAUAAAGCCUAUGGAACGCUCGGUAACGCUGAAUAUAGACAUGCAAGCAGACGACAGCACAGAUGUCAUAAAAUUAGCGCUUGACGGUGCUGUGGAUAAUCCGAUGCACUUGUUGUGUGAUCUUACGUUACAGAAAUCAGAUUUUGCGAUGCAAAAGUUGAGCACAAAGCAGCUACGCAGAGUGUGGGGCCAUGAAGGAUUUCCAGAAAGUUUCCAUAAAGACGAGCAUACGUGCUAUUCUGCUAUACACAUACUGAUCAACCAUGAAAAUGAAGAAAGUUUCCGAUGCCGUAUAAUGCAUAUACCGGAACUACUUCACUCUGAUGUCGAGGUGUUCUUCAAACAGAAGCUUGUUGCCACCUCACAACUGAUAGGUUCAUCACAGCUACCACAUCCAUCACAGGUUGAAUUACGAGAUAUCACGAUGGCAUUCGAUCCAGAGUUGGGGGAACGUGCCAUGUUAAUCCGGAACUAUGAAGGUGACUGGGGACUCUGCAUAGCUAGAUGGAGUCAAGAAGAUGAUGGCGGACUUGAAGUACGGUUUAUGAAACUCGCCGGUAAGAACAAGGUUCAGCGUGUGGAGAUAAAGAGUGCCGACGUCGAGUUCCAUAGCUUCAAUGCCAAUCUGUACUCUGGUAAAUUGAUGGUUAACCCCAGUAAGAACACUGUGGCAGAAAACCUAGCAACCUAUUGGAGUAUAUGUGUGUUGUAUGUUCUCUGUUCCCCAGGAAACAACGAUAGACAACUCCUGCUAAUACCAGCAGCCGAAACAACUUCCGAAGAAAAACAUGAUGACGAAGAAGAGAGGCAGCCAGUAUAUGUUGAAGAAAAAAAUUGCCAAUUUCUCAUAGCAGCCGGGCUGACAACGGAAACUCCGAGCAAUCAAUAUAUGCGAGCAAAGUACGGAUCGCUUACCUAUGACCUACUUAUUGACGCUCAAGACAUUAUAGUUGAAGAGCAUAAAACGAGUAGAAGAUUACUGAAGAAAGAAAGUGUCAUAUCUGUAACCCAAGAGGAAGAGAACUCACCAAAGAGGAAACGAAAGAAGAGACAUUCAAAACUGAAAGAAAACGCCGAAAAUACCGAAAGAAAAACAAGAGUAUUUGUAGAACCAAUUGCUGAAAUUAAAUCCAAUUCAAAUAAAGAAAAUGUUGAAACAAUACAGACAUUAAAACCAUCAGAGAUAAAAACAGAAGAGAAGGUAAAUAGUGACGCUGAGUCCAAAAAGAAGGUCUUGUUUGUCAAACCAAAGAAACUGAAAUCGAGAAAAUCAAGUAAACUAGAGGAUAUGUUAGUAAUGUCUGAUGAUAGUAUUACUAAAGAUGAAGUUAUGGAAACGAAACUAAUAAAAGAUGAGAAAGGUAAGAAAAUUGUAAUUCGAAAAAUAUCAAGUCAUCUUGAUGAAGAAAUUGCACCGUCAGAUGAUAGUUUGGAUGAAGAAAUAAAAGAAAAGAAGGAAUUCUUGAAAAGUCUAAAUGUUGAUAAAAGAGAUUCUGACGUAACUGUUAGUGGAGAUGAAACAAGGCUGGUAAGGGGAAAUGGAAUGAUUGAAAAUACAGGUUUAAAUGUUCAACAAGGAGGUGAAUCGCUAAUCAGAGAAGAAACAACAUUAAUAAAAGAAAUUGUUGAAAAAAGAAAGAGAGAAGCUUCUGAAAUGGAUAAUAAAGAUAAGGAUAAUACAACAGACAGUGGGCUUGAUAAUAAAGAACACAAUACAGUGACCUUUGAUCUCUGUGGAGCGGAAGUGAAACCGUCACUUCUUUUAAACACUGAAACGACAGAGAGUGUACAAGACGAUACAAGAUCUGAUACCUCAAGCACAAAAAGAGAAACGAGACAACUCAGAAAACAACGGAUAGCAAAGGACAGAGAAAACAAAUUUCCUUUGUCUGAUGAAGAUCCUCAAGAAAAUAGCGAUACUCAAAGGCGACGGAAAAGAAAGAAAUCAAAGCAAAGACUGGAUAUUCAAGAGACGACGUUAGAAGUAUGAAUUCGUAAACUUAGAUAGUUAAAUCUAAAAUCAAACAGCAACUUUAUUAAAUUUUUUACAUAUUCUUAAUCCACAAAUUUUAUCUAUUGAAAUUCCUUCUUCUUUGAACUAUUUUGUAAGUGCUAUAUACACACAUUCUGGAUAAAAUGUUUUCAGCUUAUGAAGAUAAUAUUUUUGAAACAUAUUUAUACAUUUCAGUCUCCACAUUGUCUUUCUUACGUUUAUAAAAUAUAAUUAAACAAAUAAAUUAAGUUUGUCAUGUA